AUGAGAGGAAUGGCUGAACCUCUCAUGGAAAUAGUGGUAAGUGAUCAACCACUAAAGGCUCUGGUGGAUACCGGGGCCACAUACUCUACUGUAACAAAGGGCACGAUUGACAAUAGCGAUCUGACAAAUCGCACAGUAGGAGUAAUAGGGUUCUCUGGUGAGGUAGAAAAAUGGCCUAUGACAAAAUUGCUGAAAGUAAAAAUUGACAAACAAAUAUUGACACACUCAUUCCUGUACUCUUGUAAUGCUCCCAUCCCCCUUUUAGGCAGAGAUCUAUUAAUCAAAUUAGGAGCCAGCAUUUUAUGUUCACCCGAGGGAGUGAUAGUGAAAUUUCCAGAUGGUUCAGAAACAAAUUGUUCUCUUUCAGGUCACACCACAGACAGUCAGUGGAUGUUAACAUCGUGUGGUGAGUUAGAAGAUGCUGAUAUAUAUUGGGUUGAGCUAGAUUCCAGUGUAGCCACUAAUAGUAUUGUAUCUAGGUAUAAUGAACAUCGCCAAUGGAUAACAAACAUAGACAUUUUUCUGCCACCAAUAGACCCCUUACAUUGCACAUUGUUUUAUGACAGGGAUGACACCACACAAUACCAAGAUCUAUUCCAGGAAAUAGAGGACAGCAAAUGGGUGAUAAGGGGAUCUGGUCUCAUGAUAGGAAAAGAGGGAGUAGUGACACCAAUUUUACUGACAGAAGAGCAGAUGAAAUGGUAUGAAAUGUCUGAUACAGCUGCACCACACGUCUCUGUAGCAUUACAUCCGAAACAUGAAGCUAGGGAGCUAGGCAACAUGACUAAGAGGCUGUUGGCAGCUAAUGAUUGGAAACCCACAGAAACUUGGGGUAUCCUGUAUUCCGAGACACAAAAAGCAUAUUGGGUGCAAGACCAAACAGAAGACACAGGGGUGUUGACACAUAAACAGAUCUCUAGAAGCCAUGGUAGGGAGCAGACAGACGCUGACGGAGCAGAAAAAAUGAUUGACACAUUGCCAGAUAAUCUAUGGUCUCAAGGACCAACAGAUGUAGGGUUUUGUAACAUCAAACCUGUUAGCUUUAAGUUAAACACCACCACACCUAUUUGGGUCCCUCAGUACCGCAACAAACCAGAAGCAGAAGAAGGUGUAGCCACCACUGUUUCUGGACUGAUUGACAAGGGAGUGAUAACCCCUUAUAGGUCUAAUUGGAACACACCAAUUUUUCCUGUGCCAAAACCAGGCACUAACAAAUACAGAUUGGUACAUGAUUUACGAAACAUCAACUCCAUUGUAGCAACACCUACAAUGACAGUGCCAAACCCAUAUAUUGCGCUGUCCACAUUGACACCAGCGCACCAAUGGUUUACAUGCAUCGAUUUGGCAAACGCUUUCUUCUGUAUUCCAAUCGCAGAGGAUUGCAAAGCAUGUUUGGCUUUUACAUACAGGGGCUGGCAGUAUUCUUACAACAGACUACCACAAGGGUUUAUUUUGUCACCAGGAAUUUUUAAUCAUGUUUUAAAACAACAGCUACAGAACUGUAGCUUACCUGAGAACUGUGUCAUGAUCAUGUAUGUUGAUGACCUACUCUUGGCAGCCAGAACUGAAAAGGCGUGCUUGGAGGCUACCAGAGUUGUGUUGCUUCAGUUGCACAAGUCUGGUUUCAAGAUAAGCAAGGACAAACUGCAGGUGUGCAGACCUUGUGUUACAUUUUUAGGUCGACUGAUCACGGCACAGGGAUCAACUUUGACAGGGACACAAAGACAGGGUAUACUCAGCCAUCCUAAGCCAACCACAGUGAAAGACAUGUUGUCAUUUUUAGGCCUCACAGGAUUCAGUAGGCACUAUAUUCCUAUGUAUGUUUCACUGACCAAACCACUCAGACAGUUGAUCAAAGAGCAUGGCAUGAAAAAUCUGAAAGCAGAACUUCAGUGGACACAAGAGGCUGAACGGACGUUCAUUGACCUCAAGACACAGCUAGCUCAUGCCGCACACCUGAAUUGUGCCAAUUAUGAGUUACCUUUUUUCCUGGAUGCCUCAGAAUCUGGCUCCAGCGCACAUGGUGUCCUGUUUCAGAAAGACCAGGGCAGAAGAAAAGUGUUGAUGUAUGCGAGUGUGUUGUUAGACUGUGUAGAACAAAGACAACCACUUUGUUCUCGAUUUGCAGCGGGUUUAGCUAAAGUUGUGCAUAAAACAUCACACAUUGUAAUGGGCCACCCACUGACAAUACUCACCACACACUCCAUCAUGUCAUUCGUAAAUUCAGCAUCAUUCACAUUUUCACCACUGAGACAGAGAAGAAUAGCUAAGAUUUUGACCAGCCCCAAUCUCACAUACACACAUGAGGGCAUUAAUAUGGCUGAUCUGAUGGGAGAUGGACAGCCGCAUGAUUGUGCACCCAUCACCGAGAGAGCAUCCAAAGUAAGAGAAGAUCUGUCUGCGGUGCCAUUGACAACCCCACCGCCAGUUAUGACAUUGUUCACAGAUGGUUGUUGUUUCAGAGCAGAGGAUGGGAGCCUGAAGGCAGCCUAUGCAGUAGUUGAACAAGUGGGAAGCUCAUUAGUGACAAGGAAUGCAGGGAAGUUAGAAGGAAAACAGUCAGCACAGAGAGCAGAGAUGAUAGCAGUGACAAGAGCCCUGUACUACGCUGGUGAGACCCGUGUGAACAUAUAUUCCGAUUCAGCAUAUGUUGUAACAGCUGUCCACGUGGAAUUGCCCUUAUGGCAGAGGUGUGGUUUUAUCACAUCCUCAGGUCGACCAAUCACGCAUGCAUGCGAAGCCAGAGACCUUUUAGAGGCUCUGAUGAUACCCAAAGAGGUAGCAGUUAUUAAAUGUCCAGGACAUUCCAAAAAUGAUUCCCCUAUCACUGAUGGAAACAAUGCAGCUGAUCUAGCUGCCAAAACUGAAGCUGGCUAUGUUGCAACUCAGCAGGUGGUAAGAUCAGAUAGAGCCUGUAGUGAUCUUUUGCCUCGUUUCACUCGAGAAUAUUUGGUCAAAGAACAACAGAAAUCUGCCCCUGAAGAACAAUCAGUCUGGUCACAGCAUGGAGGCAUCUGUGCUAGUGAUGGUCUAUGGCAAGCGCCAGAUGGACGCCCGGCAUUGCCUGUCUCUCUGACCGGUUCAAUGUUAACACAAGCCCAUGGGGUAAGCCAUGUCAGUGACAAACAAAUGAUGAGAGCUCUCGAACAUUGGUGGCAUCCAUUUUUGCAAUCCAUGGUGUCAGGUCAUGUGACGAGUUGUUGUAUCUGUCAGGAACACAAUGUAAAACCUAGCAUCAAACCCAAAAAAGGUUGUUUCCCUUUGACAUCUGGUCCAGGGGAAGAAAUUGUGAUUGACUUCACAGAUAUGAUUGCACGGGUACAUGGCAAACGCUAUGUUUUGGUGAUUGUUGAUUAUUUCACUGGUUGGCCAGAAGCAUAUCCUGUCGGCCGAGAGGACAGUACGGCUGUGAUCAAGUGUUUAAUCAAUCAAUACAUACCACACUAUGGUUUUCCGCGCCGUAUCAGAUCAGAUAACGGUAGCCAUUUUAAAAAUGAACAUCUCAAAGUGGUUGAACAGGCUUUGGGCCUAACACAUGCAUAUGGUGCGGUUUAUCAUGCGGCCAGCCAAGGUAAGGUUGAACGCCUUAACCUGACGAUUAAACUAAAAUUGGCUAAAAUCUGUGCACAGACUAAAUUGAACUGGCUGUCAGCUUUACCCAUUGCUCUCAUGUCUAUUCGUUCUUCUGUCAACAGGAUCUCAGGCUUUACACCUUUUGAAUUGCUUACAGGUCGUCAAUUUCCAGGCCCAACCACGGCGUUGAGAGAGGACAGCGUGCAGCCAUUGUCACAUACUGUGUAUUUUGAUAAACUAACAGCUCUGAUUCGAACCUUUUCCCAUCAGGUAACUCCUGUACCAGCACAACCGGAGGAACUGCCAUCUCCAGUCACGACAGACUGGGUCAGGACGAGAACAUUCCGUAGAAAGUGGAGUGAACCACGUUGGUCUCAACCUCUAUGUGUAACAUCUCGCACCUCACACUGUGUGCAACUACAAGGGAAGGGAGGUACUUGGUUCCAUUUAACAUCCUGUGUAGCUUGUGACCCCCCUUCUAGGUCUCUUGCUGACACUGGUUUGGACCUGAGGACUCAGGUCCAAGAGAGGGAGGAUACAGAGAGUGACGGUAAAACAGACACUGAAAUUGCCACUGGACAAAACCAACAGCUCCAAAUUAUACACAAAACAGGCGAUAUUUUCACAAGCCCACACACAGAACCAUUAGCUCAUUGUGUAAGUGCUGAUUGUGCAUACGGGGCAGGUAUUGCAAAGCAGUUUAAGGAAAAAUUUGGAGUGGAGAAAGUAAGGUGUCAACAUGAAAAACCGGGUGAGUGUGCAGUAACCCAGGAGGGAGACAGGACUGUGUUUCACCUAAUAACUAAAGAACAAUGUACUGAUUUACCAACAUGUGAUUGUUUCACAGAGGGCCUGAAAGGCAUGAGAGAUUGGUGUGUGGCUAGUAGAGUGGGAGGUGUCUCGGUGCCCCGGCUGGGGUGUGGUCUAGAUAAACUAGACUUCGGGAUGGUGCAGAGGAUUCUGAGUGAAGUGUUCACGGAUGUGGACAUGCAAGUGGCCAUUUAUUCCUUAUAAUCAAGUUUUCAUUAUGGUGUGAUUUUGAGUGUUUUUCAAUGUUUUUCAAUUUUCAGGUAUAAAAAGUGUACUUUUAAGAGUGUUUUUAUAAGAUUGUAAGGUAUUAAGUUUUAAAGAAGUGUUGAUUUUGUAAAGAUAACAAGACAUUACUAGAGAGGGUGAAUACAACAGCAACAAGAUGAAGCUGUGGUGAUGUCCAUUGUAGUAUCGAUUGGAGUUUUCCUAGCCAUAUUAAUCACCUGUGGGUGUUGUUGUAUUCCCUGUAUUAGAUCACUGUGCAAUAGAUUAAUUGUUACAGCUAUUGAAAAGAAAGAAUCUCCACCCCCAUACAGUAUGCCUUUGUUAUCAAGUGAUCUAGCAGAAGAUGAAGGAGAAGAUGAUGUGUGACCUCUUACGAGGUCAAGAGAGGGAAUUGUGGGAAUAUUUUUCAGAUAAAAGUAUGAUUUAAUUAUCAAUAUAAUCAGUAAGUGUUUUCUUUCAUUAAAUCAUUAAGCUGUGUGCUUUUGUCAUGUGCUUUCUAUUUUACUCAGUGGAAAGUUACUGUGGCAAACGAAGUGAGACAGGAUAAGUGGGGGUUGGAACCAUAAAUUAUCUAAAUCAACAUACACACACACACACACACACACACACACACACACACACAAAGAGUCACACAGAAAAGAAAUGUUAUGAAUCAAUCCACUGCAUAUGUUUUAAGUAUAAUCAUGAGUUGUGAUGUGUUUUAAUGAAUCAUAGGAUUAAGAAACAACGCUACAUAAUUAAAAGUAUUAGAUGAUUCAGUGUUUUCUUUUUACUAAAAGAAUGUUAAGAAUGUUGGUAUGUUGUCCGGCCACAAGAAACUGUCUCUAGGAGACCACUCCCCAAAAGAAACGGUCUCUAGAGAACAUUCCUCAAAACUGGCGACUGACCACAGGAUGUAAAACAUGUGUUAUGCAAAGAUGUUGUUUUGCAGAUAUACGUGGUGCACGGUGAUUGGUGGAAAGCGAGCAGCACUCCUUAAAAGGCAGAGGAGGAGUCAGAAGAUGCGAGCGACGUCACAUACUGAAUAAAUAUGGGUGUUUUUGAAUAAUUUGGGUUGUUGGCUUGUGGUGGAGUGAGGAGAUCGUCUGACAACCCAAAGCUUUGUUACUCCUUUUUACAUCUGAUAAUAAACUUCUAAUCGAUUUUGGAGAACGUCUCUGUGCAAAUUUUUGAACAUGCAGGACUGCCUAAAAAGUCCAACACUUGACAUCUUUAUUACAUCUUUC